AUGCAGCUUGGCACCUCCACAGUAGGGACACGGGUAGUCGAUCUCGAGAUUCACAGGAGGAUAUGGUGGUCGCUCUUCAUGGCAGAUCGAUGGUCGUCUUCAAGCCUCCGCUUGUUGCCACAGAUUCGAGAUACAGAGCUUGCUGUUGAUCUGCCCAUGGACGAAGCCAUAUUUGAAUCCCUAGAUCCUACAGCAACGCAAUUAGAGAAGCCAUGGCAACCAGGAAUAUGGGCCUUCAAGAUCUCUCUGGUACAGCUAUUCGGCCCAAUACAGCAGCUCAAUCGUCAUAGUGUCAACAGAAGCAUGACCGCGGAGGAUAUCGAGAGGAGCAUUCUCUCUUUGUCUCAGCAGCUAGAAACUUGGGAAGAUUCCCUGCCCAACAACAUCAAAUGGAAAGAGGAAAUGCUGGACUGGCAUAUCAACAGAGGAACUGGAGGGCCAUACGUUCCUCAGCUCUCAAGAGCCGAGAUCUCCCGCGGCUAG